UAUUUUGACACCGGCCGCCAUGUCACUGCAAUUACACGCAUCUUGACACCCAAACCGCAAGUAUGAACCCUAUAAAUAUCAUGUUCCUCUCGUUAUUUUCACUAGAUUUUGAUGUGAGGCAUUCUUGAGAGUCGUAUAGAAAUGUCAAAGAAACAACCACCGAGUUCGCGUGAUCCCAAAUUCUAUUUAGUGAGUGUAUUUACCGCUGCUCGGGAUGGGAAGUUGUGCCGCAUCAAAAAAUGGUUUCAGAACUUCAACAAGGAAGAGAUCAAAUGGAUUGUGUCACAAAUUGUGGAUAGCACGACACCACUUAUUGUUGCUUGUAGACACGGUCACAUAGAUGUGGUAACGUAUUUCAUUGAACAAUGCAAGGCAGAUAUAGAACAAGUUGGUUCUGUAACGUUUGAUGGAGAAACGAUCGAUGGGGCGCCACCGCUGUGGUGCGCCGCUGCCGCAGGGCAUUAUCAAACUGUUUCAACACUUAUCAAACAUGGUGCCAAGGUAAAUCACACCACCUUCUCGAACUCGACACCACUUCGUGCAGCUUGCUUUGAUGGUCAUUAUGAUAUUGUCAAAUAUCUCAUACAACAUGGAGCAGAUAUUGAGUUGGCCAACCGACAUGGACACACCUGUCUCAUGAUUUCGUGUUACAAGGGACAUUACAAAAUUGGAGAGUAUUUACUUCAUCUAGGCGCAGAUGUAAAUAGAAAGAGUGUGAGAGGAAACACUGCAUUGCAUGACUGUGCGGAAUCAGGAAGUCUAGAAAUCAUGCGGCUCUUGUUGAAGCAUAGAGCGAAGAUGGACACUGAUGCGUAUGGGAUUACGCCGAUCAAAGCUGCCGCAGUGGCAGGUCAUGUGAACAUUGUUGAUUACCUUGCUGCAGAAGACCUACCAAGGACAGAGAAAAUUGAUGCUCUAGAGCUGGUGGGAGCAACCUUUGUAGACAAGAAAAGGGAUAUGCAUCAAGCGAUUGGUUUCUGGGAACGUGCAAUGGAGCUGCGUUACAAUGACAAAGUUCAUGUUGUUCAUAAACACAAAUGUGCUAAACCUGUAUCUGCGUAUGAGUACACAGUGGAGGCUCAAAGCAGGCAGGACCUUGAAAAUAUGGUUGGUGAUCCUGAUGAAAUGCGGAUGCAAGCUUUACUGAUACGAGAGAGAAUCCUCGGACCAGCACACCCAGACACGACCUACUACAUCAGAUACCGUGGCGCAGUCUAUGCCGAUUCAGGCAACUUUGAGCGAUGCAUUAUGCUAUGGAUGUAUGCACUGGAAAUGCAACAGGAAGCAUUAGAACCUCUAAAUCCUAUGACACAAAGCAGUUUACUCUCGUUCGCAGAACUCUUUGCGUACAUGUUAUCAGAACGAAACAUUGAACGUGUAUACCAGCAUGUACCCUUCGGUGAUGUCGCGGUUGUGUACUUGAAAGGGAUCACCGAGAUGAAGCGCGGUGUUGCACAGCUGCCCUUCGGUCCUCAACAGGAAAAGGAGACCACAAACUUCAAUCGAACCCUCCUCAUUCUCAUGCACCUCAUGUGUCUUAUAGCAAAGCGAGAAGGCGCAACGCCUCUACAGAUGGAAGACGUUAAACGGGCAACUUACCAACUCGUAAAACUCCAGCUCCGUGGCAGCAAGGGAUUCACCGUGUUGCAUCUUGCUGUUGACAAGGCCACCUCAUCUGUUGGGCGUUACCCCGUCUGCGAAUUUCCAGACAGGAGAGUUGUGCAGUUCUUGUUAGAGUGUGGUGCCGACUCCAACGUCUUGGACGUCAGUGGCAACUCACCUCUCCACAUUGCUUCCACAAACGCUGUUGCUCCGGGUUCUUCAACCAUCACAACAAAUGGUAGCAAGGUGGACAACAAUGAGAUCAUGAAGCUGCUCCUGGAUCGCGGGGCACAUUGUGAUUUCCGAAACCUGGACGGUCAUACCCCACUGGACUUGCUCAAAGUGUCUUGCGAUCUUGCACCCAUCAACUACACCAAGCUGCAGUGUCUAGCAGCCAGGUGUAUUAUCGAGAACAAGAUUCCUUACCUAGGGAAUAUACCUAAAGCUCUUGAAGGCUUUGUUGCUAUGCAUUAAAUGUGUAUUGUGUAAUGUUGAUUGGUUAAUCUAUGUUCUGCAAUUUGAUUUGGGUUCAUGAUCUAUUGGUUUGUAUAUUAACCAGUUCAGGUACAUGUAGUUAAUAUUCUUAAAUUAUACAGAGCUACUUUCAUAUUCAUGCAAUGUAUUACCAACAUUUUUUUCUUCUUUUUUGUCCUACAUGUAUGCUUUAGUCUGUUUUUGUUUAGAUUAUUUUUAUGCAGAUUUUACUCUAGAGAUUUAUCUUUUUGAAAAUGCUGCACGAUUGUCAUGAUUAACUGUUAUAUUCAUGUACAUGUACAUGUUACAUGAACGCCAAUUCAUUAGACUGAAUUUUCUGUCCAUGAGAAAGAAAUUGAUUAUUUGUUAUUCCGUUUUAAUCUGUUUAGUACAUUCAAAUUUCAAAAGGAAAAUUGCGCUGUUUAAGUAAAACUGUAGAACAGCACUGCUAGUAUUUUAUUCAAAAUUGGUUAAAAGUUCUGGUUAUUAAAAUAUAUUUGUGAUUAAUUUUACAGAAUGCAGUAUAAAGAAGUUCCAAGAAUGAUAUGUCCCAAAACAUCAAACUGCAUCUAUAAUUUUACUUCAGAUAAAGUCUUCAGGUAAAGUCUUCAGGUAAAGGCUACAAAAUAGAUAGAAAUGUUUUGUUUUUAGCACAUUUUCUGUUAUGUCAGACUUUUAGUUAAUCAGUUGUUCAAUUUAUUUUUUUACCAAUGAAGAUUUCUUGCUACCAUAAAAGGAAUCCUUUUUGAGCUCAUAGUAUUUUUCUUUAAAAACCCUCUUCAUAGGAUCCAAUUAACUAUUAAAUUAUUAAUUAUUUAAGUAUUUCAUUUUCUAAAUCGGGUCUCGUGAAUUAUUAAGCACUCAGGUCAAAAAAAAAAUUGUACUUGUCAAAAAAUGCAUGUUUUUCAUGAAAUUAUGCACUACAUUGUACAUGUAUGCCGCAAAAAAAGCUAACUUUCAGAGCCAGAGAAGAACAUACUAUUUGAACUUUAAAAUCUUAUACUUAGUGUCCUAGUCCAGAGCACUGAGUUCCAUUGGCAGAUAGUGAAUGUUAAUCAAGUAAUCAUCAUACCUUUUGAGACUCAGAACAUGCAGCACUGUAUGACUUUAUUUGUGUGAAUAUUGUUUUGGAAAGGAAUUUAGACUACCGGUAAUUUUACAAGCUUGUAUCCUGUGCAGUAAAUUGUAGCAAAAUUUGUCAUGCAAUUUUGUACUCUGUCACAAGAAACCCUAUUCAUAGAUAUUAAGAGCAUAAGGUGUUCCAGGGGUAUAAGGUGAACCAAGGGUAGUACAGUGAUACACAGGAAAUUCCUUUUACAAUAAUCUGAGUUUAAAUAUUACAAUAGGACAGUGAAAUCAGUAUAUAAAGACCACUCAAUGAACUUUCACUUUUUCUAGGAAGGUGGGCUUUACGUACAGAAAUGUGAAAUUUAUUUAGAGAGAUGGUCUUUCUAUUCAGGUGGUCACUUUUAAAGAAGGUUUCACUGAUACUGGAAAUGGAAUCUGAGGCCUCUUUCAUAAAACAUGUUUCAAUAACAAGUUCCAAUAACUGUUACAAAUGUAUUGGCUACUAAAACCAUGGCAUUUGAUUGGCUGAAAGCCAAUUUUUCAUAGAAUUGUAGUAUUUGUUAUUUAUAACAAGAUUUAUGAAACUGUCUGAGUGUCAGUCAGCCAUACAGGUAAACACCAUAUUUUGUUUAUAAUAGGCUAAUUAAUGUAGUCCAGUCAUGCCAUGGAAAAUUUGUAUGUUUGUUACAAAAGCAUGCAUAUUUCAUUUACCGGUAAGAAUAUAUUUGAAGUGCUAAAUUGGUUCAGAAAUUCAGAACAAACUGAUAAUAAAAUCUAAAGGUUAGUGCAGAGGAGUAACUUAAUGUGCACAGGUUGACUUAAAAGUCAUUUCAAGUAAAAUUGUGGUAUAUGGUUACGAUGGUGUAUGCAAGUCAGUGUGUCAUAUCAUAGGUCAUCAAUUAUCAAAAUGCUAAACGAUUCUGAACAGUAAUUGGUUCCAAAUCCCUAGAUUGAUCUCCCACGUUUCCGCAGUAGAAUUAUGGCAAGACAGGCAAGCAGACAAAAAGUAAAUGUUUUAAAUCCUCUGCUUUUGCAGUCAUAAUGAGUAGAAAGUUCACUAUAAUACACCCACAUACGCCCUUCUAUUAAGCUGAUUUUUGUAAGUGUUCACUCUCUUGUUACUUUAGUUUAAACAAAUGUUUUUAUUUCUUGUGGCUUCAUAGGAUUAUAUCUUCUGGAAAGAACAGAUUUUUAUAGGUGUAUGAUUUUUUGUUUGACCAUUUUAUCCCUUGGACAUGUAGCUGGGUAGAGUGAAUUCUUGGGAAAGAAAUGAUGGGGGGGGGGGGGGGAGUAAUCAUGCUUACAUGUACAUGUAAGUUACCCAGUAGAGAUGAGUACAAGAUGGGCCACAUGCAGGUGUAGUACACCGUACAAGUCAGCCAAAACAAGUCCUUUCCUACAUGUAUCUGUAUAAGGUUGAUUACCGGUAUGGAAUAGGAGGGGGUUAAAACCAACCCCCCUCAUGGGUGCAACCCAGUAUCGAGAGACCGAUGUUACCCCUCUUGGGAAGGGACGGAAGUGAUCAAUUAAGGAAAGAUAUAGGAAAUACUUGAAGGUAGAUUGGCCAUCUUGAAGCCUUAUUUCAUGUUGGCUCGCAUUCAAUCCCAAACAAAUUUUGUUUUAAAGAAUGAACGUCUUAGUAGUAAUCUCUUCUCAAAUACAGAGGUUCUUGACUAAAUUUUUCUGAAUAUCUGCUUUAAAAAAUCCUGCAAGAUCUACUUAUAUUUCUCUUGUACAAAAGCAAUCACUUUUUGCAAACUGGUGCAAGGCCUAUGGAGUAUGAUUUGUGCAUGUCAGUCUAUGAAACCAGGGGCGAAAGUUUGAAAUAGUGACUGACAUGUACAAUGUAAGGCAAAUCUUGAUCAUACAAUAGAUUAGUAACUUGAUCCUUCAAAACUUCAUCAAGUCUAGGGCCCUGUCACAUAAUUUCCAAUAAUUGAAAUAUGUUAGCGUAAACAUUACUUAUGAUUCGUUGUGAGUAAAUUUGUGUAAUCCUGAAAAGUUAUAUAAAUUGAUAUACAAGUUUUAUGAAACAUAUCCCAGCUUUUGCUUCCUAAAAUUUAGACUUUAUGUUAUAUGUUUGGUUCUGUAUAUAUUUGAUAUCCUUUAUUAUCAGUAAAUGCCAGAAACUGCUUAAGUAAACAUAUAUUUCAAAAUUUUAUUUAUUCAUCUUUUUUAAAGUCCCAAACCUCUAUGAGUGGUCAUAAAAAAGCCUUUACCUCUCUCUCUCUGUCAAUGUAUUCUAACUUAUUAUAACGGGUGCCCUUUUGAUCAAAUUUCACCUCAUUUUUCAGAAUAACGGUUCAGUACCUUCUUUAUAUUCACCAGUAUUGCAUACAUUUUGUAGUUUAGCGAGUAUAUUGGGUCUCAUCAAUGUACAUUAUUGUACAUGUACGUCACUUCGAAGUUGGCUAUACAUGUAUUUCAUGUCAUGCAUCUAAAGCUUCAAGUAACUCCAUAAAUCCAAUGUAGCAUUGACUUUCAACUAAUCAGAAUCUCAUAAUAUUUACCUGUUUGGAGCCAGAAGGACGUUAGCUCAUAUACUUAAACUUACCGCCCUGUUGGCUCUGAAGUCUUAAUAGAUGAAUGUAGAUUUUUUUUUUUCUUCUUCAGACUUGAUUUAAUCACAAAUGUUUACACAUGAGAGGUUCACCGUUACACACAAGGAGAAGAAAGUGCAUACUAAUUUGUGUAUUUACAGUACACAGAUUCACAGAAAUUGAAAGCCCUACUUCUUUCAUGUGGCCUUGGGAAAUGUCUGAUAUGUCGAGACAUAGUACCAUUUCCUAUAUCAAUUUAUAAUAUUCUUGGAACUUCAGUACACGUACAUGUACAUGUACAUGUUGUAUAGGAAGUAUCAGUUACAGAGUGGAAAAAUUCUUUGGCUUUGGUUCCAAUAGGAUAUUGGCGUACCCAAGAUUAAUUUCCUUUGAAUUCUAUCACAAAUUGGUCGCCUAGACGUUGGUGGUUUGUGUAGUGAUCUUUAAUUGGUCUGAAGAACAAAAUUGGCACCAUCGCAGAAAUGCUCAUUGAUAAGUGGGGAAAAUACGUAGUAAUGGUACAUGCAUGUGAUGGUAGCUAAAAGGGCUUUAUUUGAAUAUCACUUCUCGUUACAUGUACAUGGAGUUAACCACCUUCUUGCUCUCAGGUGACAGUAUGUGGGACACAGUGAAAUAAGAUCUCAUUGGUUUUCAGAGGCAUGUUUUCAUGACACAAUUAUUGACUUAAUGUUGUUAAAUCAUUCUUAUAGCAAACCAAACGUAUAUGAGUUCUGAUGAUGAUUGUAUUUUGACUGUGAUUCAUGUGUUUGUAACAUCUGAUAAACACAUUUAUUUGUUUGUUUGUUCACAAGAGUUGCCAUUUAUGAGUACCAUACAAGGGAGCUAUAGUAUCAGCAGUACAAGGGGCUAUAGUAAGGUCAACUUUUGACAUACAUGAUGUUCUACACUGGCUACACAUCUUCCCUGCGGUACAGGAACGAAGCUCUCGUUCCUUUAAAAUGUUAAAUGUGUGAUAAACCCGAACAGACGCUACCAUUGCUUAAUUGUGUUUAACCACUAGCUCUUAAUCAUUUCACAAUCAAUUUAUAACGAGAGCUUUGUACCUAGUCUAACCUCGUUUCCCGUUUUAGACACCAAAUGUGGUUAAACGGGAGAGCCACAAAGUUUUUGCUGUUCUCUUAUGCUGUAUGGAUCAUGAGGUAAAGAUCUUAAUAAGUGGGUUUUAGUGAAUUUAUUUGAUGACUUGAGUCACUCAAAUCGUCAUUUGCCUUGUCAGUCAUAAAUCAGGAUUCGUUUUAAACUAGACCUAUCACGUUUGUGUAUUUCUUCUGUUUUAAACUUCUCUUCAGAUAAAUCAAGAAUUCACUGUAUUUCCAAGAUUUAUUUUUUACUUCUAUAAGUCUUAUAGAGCAGAGAACAUACUGGAAGUUUAUAUGAUAGCUGCCUUUUGGUUAAUUAAGUUGGAAUUUUAACCAUUCUAAAGAGAUCUUACAUUUCUUGUGCAAAUCGUUGACUGACCGCAAGAAAGCCGUUAUAGUCCAAAGCUCUUACUUACCGCCUUCUUGCAGGCAGUCGACGGUAUUACCUACAUGUAUAAACGUGCUUGCCUUUGUGUAUUGUAUAUUUCUUAUUUUUAGUGUAUGUCUAUCAAGAUCUCUUCCUGCAUAAUGAAGCUUGAAUCCUUUAGUCCCCCCCCCCCCUCAGUGAUGCAUGCAUAUUAAUGAUACUAUUAAUGAUUACUAUUUUCAAUGCAAGUUUUUCUUUUCUUCUCUGUGUACAUGAUCGUUAAAGGAAUGCCUGCCUCAGAAUUGUCAGGAAACUGGUACUAUUUAAUGUUAUUUGUAAUCUAGUUUUUGCAUCUUAUUAUUAAAGAUAGGCCCUCUAUACAGUACCGUUGUUUAGGUACUGAGUCAUACAUGUAUAACUACAGGUAAUUCGAGGUGAAAUUAAUGCAGUUGAUAUAGCAAGAUGUGUAUAUUGACCAUUGUUAUAAUGAUAUAUGUAUAUAAUAUAAAAGCCUCUGAGAUUUAUGCAACAAUAAGAAAAAGAGUAGAGUUUGCAAUAUUGUUGACUACUAUUAUUAAAGAUUGGGAGUGUUUAUCCCUUCUCUAAGAAAGGAA